ACCCAUUAAUUACAUAAUUUAGGGGAAGGGUAAAAAUGGUUUCUUUUAUCUAGAAAUUGGAAUCUUUUAGUCCACUCACUCCUAUGUAGUUGAUUUCUGUUCAUGUGAUUCUGGAUCAGCAGCAGUCCCUGAGCACAUCAGGUCAGCUUUUACUCAAGAGUUCUGGAAAUCUUGACUCAGUCCAGCAGUUGGAAAAAAAUGUGGAACAAAACUAACUCACACAAAAAGACCAGGCUUACUGGUCUGACAGAGACUGAGAAACCCCAAAAGUACGGCCCCUGGACACUCUUUUAUCUCAGUAUUGAAGUCACCCCAGAGGUUGACCUUUCAGUCAAAAAUUAGACAAGCCCAUAAUACAAAAAAUAAUACUCGUAGCUCUACCACAUGUACGAGCCUAAAUGGGCACACCAUCCUAGGGGCAAGGACUAGAAGGCAGGAGGGAACAGGAAAGCUAGAUGAAUGAAAAUGGGGAACCCAAAGUUGAGAAGGGGAGAGUGCUGACACGUCAUGAGAUCGGCAAAGAAAAAAAAAUUUUUUAAAGUCUAUUAAUUGUUUAAUGAGAAACUAAUUUGCUCUGUAAACCUUCAUAUAAAGCACAAUAAAAAAAAAUAAAGAAAACAUCUUGAUUUGUUUUUCAGAGGCAAAAGUAUGGCAGAGUAAUUUCUUGGUUAGUAUUCUUAGACUCACCACUGAUAUGAUUUUUUAUUUUUCUUUUGAGAGUUAACAGUAAUGCAAGUCAUUAUAAAACGAAAUGGUAGGGAUGUAUAAAAUAUAUAUAAAAAAAAAAACUCCAUGGGUAAAAUAUGUGAAUUCCCCAAUUAAAACUAUGGACAUUGAUGAUGUUACAUUCAAAAGAAAUAAAGUUGCAACCAAAUUUGCAGUUAAAAUAACUAAAAUUACUACUGAUAAUAUUACACUCAUUGUCAAAACGUAAGAGGAGUCAACGACACAUAUUAUUUUAACCCAAAGAAAAUUUGGUACUUUUCCUAAUUUGACAAUACAUUUAUGUAACUCAUAACACAUUAAAUAAGGCUUUUUAUUUUAGUAUUUUUUCCUUUACAAAGCCAGAAAAAAAUAUUUUUUGGCUUUCCGAAAGGCUUCAAAGUUGUCAGGAGUUUAUCGUAAGUAUCCUAGAGACAAUGCUUGUGGCUGGGUUUUUACCAUGAACUCAGGAAUGUAUUUUAAUAGACACCGAACCCUUGCCUUUGAGGCAGAAUACACACAGGAUAAAAUUAAAUCUUCAACCCAGUAAUUAAAGAUAAUUUUUUAAGGUUAACAGUAAGAAACCCAAUUUUUUUUUGGGGGGGGGCUUUAUAUGCUUUUUGACACUAAAGCUCUUAAAUAUCUCUUAAAUUAAUCCAUUGAACUACAGCCAUGACAUAAAAAUUAGACCUUAUCAAGAAAUUCCCUUCUGGUAAACCUUUUAAACUUUGUACAACCCUUAAAGUGGCAAAAACGAAUACACUCGUUAGCUAUCAGUUUGGCAUACUGUGGGGGCUUGCUGUUGCUGUGAUGAUGGAAGCUAUGCCACUGAUACUCAAAUACCAGCAGGGUCACUCAUGGUGGACAGGUUUCAGCUAAGCUUCCAGACUAAGACAGAAUAAGAAGGACCUGGAGGUCUACUUCAAAAAAGAUUAACCACUGAAAGCUUUAUGAAUAGCUACAGAACAUUGUCUGACAUGGUGCCAGAAGAUGAGCCCCUCAGGUUGGAAGGCACUCAAAAGACGACUGGGGAAGAGCUGCAUCCUCAAAGCAGAGUCAACCUUAAUGACAAUGGGUUGAGUCAAGCUUUAGGGACCUCCAUUUGCUGAUGUUGUAACCCAACUCUUUCAGGUCAGCUCAGCUAGGAAGACACAUAGAGCAGAUGAAAGCAAAAGAAGCUUUAUUUAGUUGGCCAAGUAAAGGAGCACACCAAGAUGUCUCCUAGAACAAUAGCCCAAGGAGUUUAUAUGGAUAAAGUAGAUCGGGUCUGGGGUCCUCAGGAACACCCAGGGUGGGGCCAGCUUACUGAUUAGUUUGACCUCAGAGGGCAUUCUAGUGGUGGUCCGAUUUUCUGCACCUGUUCAGUCUGAAAGAGGGGGCCACAAAGAUGACAUUUUGCCCAUGUCAGGGGUGUAAACAAGGUGUGUUUUUAGGCCUCUGACAUCAGUAAGUUGUCUGAGGGACAAGGUCACCCGUACUGGGCAGUUCAGGCAGGCCUGAGCUAGUCCAAGGCAAAUUUUAGCUGAAUUGAAGACUGCAGUCUCUUUUUACUUACCUGAGUCAGAACUGAAACUAUACCUAAAUAAGAAGGUACUCUAAAAGCAGAGGUUAGUUCCUGUUUUGCCUAAUAAGGGGAUAGCUUACACACUGGGAGUUAACUCUUUGUGUUACUGAAGAUAGCAGGCUUGGCCCGUUGGCACGGCCUCUUGUUUAUUCAAUGUGGCUAGAGUACUGCCGGCCUCAAUGUGGCAUGACUGAAAAUGAAGAGAAACAGCUGCAAACAUACAUUAAAUAUCAGAACAUGGAAUGUGCAAAGUAUGAAUCCAGGAAAAUUAGAAAUCAUCAAAAAUGAAUGGGCCACAUAAACAUAGAUAUCAUUGGCGUUAGUGAGUUGAAAUGGACACGUAUUGGCCAUUUUGAAUUGGACAAUCAUAUGGUCUACUAUGCCAGGAAUGACAGCUUAAGAGGAAUGUUGUUGCAUUAAUCAUUAAAAAGAACAUUUCAAGAUCUAUCCUAAAAGUACAAUGCUAUCAGUGGUAGGAUAAUAUCCAUACCAUACAAGGAAAACUAGUUAAUAUGACAAUUACUCAAAUGCACCCACCAACCACUAAGGCCAAAGAUGAAGAAAAUGAAAAUUUUUACCAACUUCUAGUCUGAAAUUGAUCAAAUAUGUAUCAGGAUUCAUUAAUAAUUAUUGGUGAUUGGAAUACAAAAGUUGGAAACAAAAAAGAAGAACCAGUAGUUGGAAAAUAUGGCCUUGGUGAUAGAAACAAUGCUGGAGAUCGAAUGAUAGAAUUUUGCAAGACCAACGACUGCUUCAUUGCAAAUACCCAUUUUCAACACCAUAAACAGUGGCUAUAAAAAUGGAUCUCGCCAGAUGGAAUGCACAGGAAUCAAAUUGACUACAUCAGUGGAAGAAGAUGAUGGAAAAGAUCAAUACCGUUAUUCAGAACAAGGCCAAGGGUCAGCUGCAGAACAGACCAUCAACUGCUCAUAUGCAAGUUCAAGUCGAAGCUGAAGAAAAUUAGAACAAGUCCACAAUGGCCAAGUAUGACCUUUAGCGUAUCCCACCUAACUUUAGAGACCAUCUCAAGAAUAGACUUGAUGCCUAGAACACUAAUGACCAAACACCAGACGAGUUGUGGAAUGACAUCAAGGAUAUCGUAUGUGAAGAAAGCAAGAGGUCAUUAAAAAAUACAAACAAGAAAGAAAAAACCAAAAUGGGUGUCAGAAGAGACUCAGAAACUUGUUGUUGUUAGGUGCCAUUGAGUUGGUUCAGACUCAUAGCAACCCUAUGCACAACAGAACAAAACGCUGCCUGGUCCUGACCAUCCUUACAAUCGUUGUUAUGCUUGAGCUCAUUGUUGCAGUCACUGUGUGAAUCCACAUUGUUGAGGGUCUUCCUCUUUUCCGCUGACCCUGUACUCUGCCAAGCAUGAUGUCCUUCUCCAGGGACUGAUUCCUCCUGACAACAUGUCCAAAGUAUGUAAGAUGCAGUCUCGCCAUCCUUGCCUCUAAGGAGCAUUCUGGCCACGCUUCUUCCAAGACAGAUUUGUUCGUUCUUUUGGCAGUCCAUGGUACAUUCAAUAUUCUUGGCCAACACCACAAUUCAAAGGCAUUAAUUCUUCUUCAGUCUUUCUUAUUCAUUGUCCAGCUUUCAUAUGCAUAUGAUGUGAUUGAAAAUACCAUGGCUUGGGUCAGGUGCACCUUAGUCUUCAGGGUGACAUCUUUGCUCUUCAACACUUUGAAGAGGUCCUUUGCAGCAGAUUUGCCCAAUGCAAUGCCAAAUGUGGAAAUUAUAGAACAAUAUCAUUAAUAUCACAUGCAAGCAAAAUUUGCUGAAGAUCAUUCAAAAAUGGCUGCAGCAGUAUAUCAACAACGAACUGCCAGAAAUUCAGGCUGUUUUCAGAAAAGGAUGUGGAACCAAGGAUAUCAUUGCUGAUGUCAGAUAGAUCCUGGUUUAAAGCAGAGAAUACCAGAAGGAUGUUUACCUGUGUUUUAUUGACUAUGCAAAGGCACUCGACUGUGUGGAUCAUACCAAACUAUGGAUAACACUGCGAAGAAUGGGAAUUCCAGAAGACUUAAUUGUGCUCAUGAGGAACCUGUACAUAGAUCAAGAGGCAGUGGUUCGGACAGAACAAGGGGAUACUGAUUUGUUUAAAUUCAGGAAAGGGGUGCGUCAGGGUUGUAUUCUUUCACCACACCUAUUUAAUCAGUGCUGAACAAACAAUAUGAGAAGCUGGACUAUAUGAAGAACGGGGCAUCAGGAUUGGAGGAAGACUCAUUAACAACACAAGUUAUGCAGCUUACACAACCUUGCUUGCUGAAAGUAAAGAGGACUUGAAGCACGUACUAAUGAAGAUCAAAGACCACAGCCUUCAGUAUGGGUUACGCCUCAACAUAAAGAAAACAAAAAUCCUCACAACUGGACCAAUGAGCAAAAUCAUGAUAAACAGAGAAAAGAUUGAAGUUGUCAAGGAUUUCAUUUUAUUUGGAUCCACAAUCAACAGCCAUGGAAGCAGCAGUCAAGAAAUCAAAAGAUUUUUCUCCUUAGUCACCUUAUUUUGCAGUUUUUCUUUCUCAUCCCUGGUGAGUCUACACAGAAGUUGAAUAAAAUUAAUUAAAUCACUGAAGUUUUAGAGGGCUUCCUGUACUCUUAGAGAUCUCAUGUGGAACUUUUAAUGUGUGUUUGUGAGGAAAAUAGUUUUCCUGUGGGGAUGGACUUUAUUUUGAGGAAGACAUGUUGACUGUAUAUCAGGACAGCAGAAGAGGGAAGAUGGCAGGCUCAGAAAGAUGGCUUUUCCCACAGGCACAAAGAAGCAGAGUCAUCAGUCAGAAUCAACUCUGUAGUAUGGGUGUGACAAAAAUUCAGGUCUUGUACCAUCAGUGGAGUGUGUAUAGAGCCUCCUGUUCAGGUCAUCAUUGAUGGUGGUGGUGGGAUUGUGUUCACCUGCACACUCGGAGGACACCUCACCUGGCACAACACGUGUCUUCAAGUACAAAGAUGCCCCAUUUAUGUUCGUACUGCAGGGUUCCAUACCUCACCCAAGAACUACUGACUUUGAUCUCUGGGUAUACAUCCCAGUGAUUAGCAUUGUUAAUAACACCUUUUUGAGAUUUUGAUGUAUGCUGAAAUCUGAGAAGCAUGAUGUAAAUAUUAGAAGAACAUGGAAGAAUGUAUUAGAAUAUGGACUAUGGAAGAAUGUGGAAAUUGAAAAUCUUUUCAGUUUUACUUAUUAAAAUAUCAUUUUCAAAGUAGUGUAUGAAAUGUAUUUGUAGCUCUUAAAGAAUAGCAAUGUAAUGAAAGCUCAUAUCUCUACCCCUGGGUUAAGAAAUGAAGUAAUGCCAUCACCACAGAAUCCAUUUCAAGGAUCUUCCAUUCACAUUUUCCUCUAUCCUCCCAGUAGCAAGCACUAUCCUGAAUUCUGUAUUUAUCAUUUUCUCUGAUGUUCUUCUAUUGUGUUGAAUCCUAUUACUAUGGAUUGAGUUAUGUCCUCCAGGAAAAUAGGUUGAAAUCCUAAACACUAGUAUCUGUUGCCAAUUUUCUUUUCUCAAUAUUUCUGUUCUACUUCCUAGUUUCUUGCCUAGUUACUGGGGUAUUUCAACUAGCAAGUGGCCAUCAAAACUCAACAAUUAGUCUUCAUUCACCUGGGGAAGAAGGAGAGUCAGAAAUAGGAGAAGGAAAUCAAAUGUGUGCCCGGUUGCCUUCAUGAACAACUGCUUCCUUUACCAUGAGACCAUAACUUGGUGAUGCCUGACUACCAUUACUGAAUGUUUUGAUCAAAGAUUCCAUAGAAAAAUUCUGAUCAAAUGGGGUGGCAGAAGGGGGAGAAUUUGGAACAGAAUUUCAAAUUUUUAAUGGCUUUAGAUUUUCUGCAGCCAUUGAGGCUGGAUGAACCCCUGAAACUAUGGCCCUGAAAUAAUCUUUAAACUUUAAACCAUAAACCAAUAUUAUAUGCUAAAGUCUUCUUUGAAUGGUAAUUUAAAACAAAAUAAAACAUGGCUUAUCUUAAUUAGUAAAGUACUUCUGCUUUGAGCAUUGUACACUUUUAAAGAAUUAUCUAUGUGAGGUCAAAUUGACCAUGACAACUCAAAAGUUUGGAUGGGAAGUAUAGGGGGCAGUGAGCUUAAGACAUUGGUAGUAGAAAGUUUUGGGAAAUGGUAGCAAGUAUGGUAGCACUGUUUGAAGAAUGCAAUCAAUGUCACUGAAUUGAACAUGUAGAAAUUGUUGAAAUCCUGUAACUUUGGCUGACUAUACUUUCACCAGAGUUAAUUUUUUUUUUCUUUAACAUGAAGGGUUUUUAAGGAAGUAUUCACGUGGAACACCAUCUUCACCAUCUGCCAUCUAAGCCUACUGAGAAUGUGGAUAAACCUGAACACUAGUGAUGACAUUGCGAUUUCUUACAACUCUAUUAAAAUCAAAAGCCAAAUUAUCAACCCACCUUCCUCUAAUGUAGAUUGAAGAACAAUGUAGAUUGAAACUAUUAUGAUGAAACUGGAAAAACUGUAAUGAAAUCAAAAAUCCUAAAAAGGGAGUAAUAUGUCUUUCAACAGUGAUUAUAGUCAGAAUUGACUACAGAGAAUAGCUUGGAAUCUUCUGUGCAAUACACACAGGAUGAAGAUUAAUAUUCGUGAAACGUUUAAUGACUCAUAGAAAGAAACAACUCUUAAUGUUUACAUUUUUUAGUAUCUUAAUAUAAUAUUUAUAUCUACAUAUAUAAACUGUAUUUUUUUAAAUCAAUAUCAAGCUUCCUUAUGUCAUUGAUAAAAUAGAGAUGCUUUUAGUUGCAUAUAAAUAAAGAAGAUAAGAGUCCAGUUAGAGAAGGAUGGUGUGUCAAUUUAUAAAAGGUAUGCACCAGGAAGGUGAGCAGAAAAAGGUGGAGAGAAGAGGAGUCCAGAUACUGGGCAUCAGUCAUCCUGAAUUUUCCUCUUCUAUUGUCUUUAUUGUCUUAGUCGGAAAACCUGGUGGUGCAGUGGUUUACAGCUAUGGGUGAUAACUGAAAGGUGGACAAUUCGAAUCCACCAGGCACUCCUUGGGAACGUUAUGGGGCAUUCUACUCUGUUCUUUAGAGUCGCUAUGAGUCAGAAUCUACUGGACAGCAACAGGUUUGGUUUUUUGUUUUUUGUUUUUUUAAUUGCCUUGGUCUUUUCAGAUUUGCAUUGCCUUGGGUUCAGAAUAACAAUAAAAGAGUUUGACUAAUGAGGAGCUUUGGAUACUACCCCCCAGGGACAAAGACUGGAAAUAGUCUGCCCAUGACCAACUCACUCAACAGUCCUCCCCCAUCAGGAAGCAGCACACCUGAGACUCCACCAACAGAUGAUCCUUCUUGCUCAGAAGCAUCCUACUUCAUUCAGUCCCUCUGUCUUUCUUCAGGACACAUCUUCUACCUUCCCCAUCCAGGGCAGAGGUCAGGCAUCAUUCUUCAGUGAUAUCAGCCAGGUAACUUAAAACUGCUUAGCUAAUAUUUAAAAUGAGGGCUGAGGGCAGAUAUCUUAGUAGAGAUUUAUCCAGAUGAAGCUGUGAAUAGAGUACAUUCAUAAAAUGAACAGAGUCUCCCAUAAGACAAUUGGCUCUCUGCCAUCUUCCUGACAUAUUUCCUUGUAUCUUAACAUCAAUGCUCAAGCAGCUCUCAUUCCGGUAGUCUCCUUCUCUCACUUUGUGAUGAUAUGGACCAUGUUCCUCCCGAGCAAACAGGAGGACUGUUAUAGAAUUCUCUGACACUUACUUGCAUUCUUGUGGGGGAGGGGGUUGGCUUCACCUUAUCUUCCCAUUUCUGAUUCUUAACAUACCUUCAUAUUAUCUGUGUUGUCUAGCUCUGAUCUAUGAAAAAGGUGGUGGAGACCCGGACAGACACAUCUGGCUGCUUCCCUAGUCUAUAUAUUUGUCCUUAAAAAAUUACAAAAUCUAUAAAUGAUCAUAUCAGCAGAUUGUGCAAAAGCAACACAUACUGAAUCAAAGACCAUGACCAACAUUUUAUCUCUUUCCAGAAUGCUCUGCUAUAUCAGCGUUGUUUAUUUUUUUAAGUAACAAAAUAUGCAUAAUGAAGACACCCCAUUUAUUUUCCUCUUUUUUCCUCUCCCACUUUCCCAAGAUGGUGCUUGCCUCUGGUGAUGUAGCUGCUGCUGGUCCAGGAACACACAUUUUAUUUUCUUAUAUAUUUUCCAUCAACUCAUCAACAAUAUGAAACCCAGAAAUCAAACAGGUAUUUCAAAAUUCUUUCUCCUGGUACUGACAGAAGAUCCGGAACUGCAAGCCCCCCUAUUUAGUCUGUUUCUGUCCAUAUAUCUGGUCACUGUCCUAGGAAACUUUCUCAUUGUCUUGGCUGUCAUCUUUGACUGCCACCUCCACACCCCCAUGUAUUUCUUUCUUGCCAGUCUGUCCCUCACUGACAUCUGUUUCAGCACCAGCACGAUCCCAAAGAUGCUGGUGAACCUCCAAGCACAGAAUCAGAGCAUCACGUAUGAAGGCUGCCUCACCCAGGCGUGCUUUGUGCUAGUUUUUGCUGCUUUGGAAAAUUUUCUCCUUGGAGUGAUGGCCUAUGACCGCUUUGUAGCCAUUUGUCACCCACUAAAGUACACUGUCAUCAUGAACCCCCACAUCUGUGGCCUGCUGAUUCUACUCUCCUUGUUCAUUAGCAUCACGAACUCCCUGCUCCACAGUCUGAUGUCAUUGCGACUCUCCUUCUGCACAGAGCUAGUAAUUCCUUACUUCUUCUGUGAAGUUCUUCAGGUCAUCAAGGUUGCCUGUUCUGAUGCCCUCAACAAUAACAUCUUCUCAUACUUUGCAGCUACAAUACUGGGUGGUGUUCCUCUCUCUGGAAUCAUUUUCUCUUAUGCUCAAAUUGUCUCCUCCAUUUUGAGAAUGCCAUCAGCAGUUGGAAAGUAUAAUGCUUUUUCCACUUGUGGGUCUCAUCUCUCAGUUAUUUCUUUGAUCUAUGGGACAGGUUUUGGUUCAUAUUUCAGUGCUGCAUUCACCCCUUCUAGGAAGACUGCAGUAGCUUCAGUGAUGUACACCGUGGUCAUUCCCAUAAUGAACCCCUUUAUUUACAGCCUGAGAAAUAGGGAAGUGAAGGGGGCUUUGAGAAAAAUUAUGAGGAGUAUACCUGCUUUUCAGUGAUUACAUUACCUACAUUUGGCUUGGCUUUCUAGACUGCAUCAAAGUGAAAAAAUAAUUGUGAGACAGGAUGCCUGACUCUCCCAUCAACACUUUCUUCUAAAAUAAUGACAUAACUUAGUGGUUGAGUACAACUCAAUGUAGGUUUGAAAUUUGAAAUGUCUCUUUGUGUAGCUCUGUGCUAUUUGACAAAUUAUUUUUAUUCUCUAAGCUGAAUCUCUUUGGUCAGGUUUUAUAGUAGCAGAGCCUAAGGCAGGGUUGAUUUAUUUUGGUAGCACAUUCUCAAAAUAAAGAAAGCAGGAUGUAGAUAAAGCUGUGGGAAUAGAGACUAGCUUCAGCCUGAUGCCAUGGGUAGAGUCAUGUGACUGAAAACGAGGCUUAAUCUCACUGCAAGACAAGACAGCUGACCUUUCAUGCCCAAAUUUAGUUAUUACCAUGACAUGUCACUGGUAAACCAUGAGUGUCCGGGGUAACAUUAGCAUUCAUCAUAUUUUUGUGGUUGUUGCUAUUGUUGGCAUUGUUGUUAGCUGAAAUCAAGUUGGCCUUCAUGAUCCGUAGGGUCUCAUUGGCUGACUUUUGGAAUUAAAUUGCCAGGGCUUUGCUUCUAGUGCAUCUUAGUGUUGAAGACCCACUGGAACAUAUUCGGCAUUAUAACAACACUGGAUGCUCCACUGACGGACAGCUUGUUGCUACACAUAAGGUUCGUUGGCCAGAAAUCAAACUUGGGUCUCCCACAUGGAAGGUGAA